AUGACUCGAUUUGCAAUUUUAUACAUUUUUUUAUGCCAUUUAUUAUUAUUAAUUUCGAUAACUAAUUCAAUUUAUCAAUUUUUUACCCCAGAUGAGUUAAAGUAUACUUUUGGUGUAACUGAGUUAUCAAAAGUUCCAAAACAUGAUACAAUAUAUCCAAAAAAUAUUUUUAAAAAAGAUGGUCGAUUGAGUGGAAUUGUAAUUAAAAUUAAUGACGAAGAUAAAUAUAUUACAUUAGAGGAAACUGAAGAUCUCAUUCAUAAAGAAAUCAAACACAUUGUUCGUAAUAAUCAUAAUGGAGCCGGAGUAUUAAGUUUAAAUAAUAAUUUUGAAAAAUGUCAUUAUCAACAUUUUUCUAACGAUAUGAUUGCUGCAAUUUCUAAUUGUGAUAAUGAAAUUAAAGGAACAUUAAUUUAUAAUGAUUCAUUUUAUGUCAUUCAUCCAAUACCCGAAAAUCAUCAUAAUAGAGUUAAAAGAUCGAAUGAUGGAACACCAUUACAUGUUAUUUAUAAAAGAAAUAUUCCUCCAGAGACUGAUUUUUGUGGAAUAGAUAAUACUAUAACAACAGAUGAUCUUAUUGAAGAUGAAGCAGGUAUUCAUGAGGAUGUUUUUGUUAUAGGUCAACAAUUAUCUCAAGAAUCUAAUCUUGUUGUAGAGAUUGGUGUAUUUGUUGAUCAAUUAUUAUGGACACAUUUUAAUAAUAAAUAUGGUUCUCAAGCAACAUCUAAAUUACAAGAUUAUACAUUAACAAUGUUUAAUAAUAUUCAAAUUAUGUAUAAACAACCAACAGCUAUACCAAAAUUAAAUUUUAAAAUUGUUAGAUUUGAAAUUUUUAAACAACAACCAAGUGCAUUACAUCCAAAUCUUCAUCAAAGUGGUAAUGCACAAUUACUUCUUGAUCGAUUUUGUAAAUAUCAAAGAAAUUUAGGUGUACGUGAUUGGGAUUUUGCUAUACUUCUUACAGGUUAUGAUAUUCAUAGAGGUGUAAAUUCAAGAUCUAUUUCUGGAAUAGCUAGACUUGAUGGUAUGUGUGAUCCAUGGAAUACAUGUGCUGUAUCAGAAGGAAUGGAUUUUACAUCUGCUUUUAUAUCUACUCAUGAAUUAGGUCAUUCACUUGGUAUGAGACAUGAUGAACCAUAUUGUCCUUCUAAAUUUAUUAUGAGUUCAUCUUUAGGACCAGGAAAAGUUACCUGGAGUACCUGUUCAUUAAGAGAUUAUCAUAGUUUUUUACAACGACUUGAUUCUAGAGGAAGAAAUUGUUUAAGAACAACAAAUUUACCUGAACGAUUAAAAAUACCAACAGAUAUGUUACCAGGACAAUUAUAUGAUGCAAAUUUACAAUGUCAAUUAAUGCAUGGACCAGGAUACCAUCAAAUAACUCCAAGAAUUGAUCAUUAUGAUGGUAUUUGUUUUAUGAUGUGGUGUGGUCAAAAUUCUUUUGGUCGUAUUAUAACAUCACACCCUGCAUUAGAGGGAACAUUUUGUGGACCAAAUAAAUGGUGCCAAUUAGGUAGAUGUGUUCCAUAUACUGGAGUACAAAGACAAGUUGGUGCAUUAACAACACCUUAUCCAAUAAAAACUACAAAACCAUUUAAUACUGUUGAUGGAGAUUGGUCUUCCUGGUCAACAGCUAAAUGUUCUCCAUGUACCUGUCCAAAUAUUAUUGGUUCAAUUGGUAUUGUCAAAGCAACAAGAACAUGUACCAAUCCAGCACCACAAAAUGGUGGUGAAGAAUGUAAUGGAUCUAAUGUUAUUGGAUUAGUUUGUAAUCGUUAUUGUGGAAAUAAUAAUGCAAUAUCUGUUAAUCAGUAUAUUACUGAUAAAUGUGGAGAACAUAAAGGAAACAAAAAAGAUCCAGAACUUACAGGAACAGGUAGUCAAUUAACUCGAUUUCCUCAACGUGCAUGUAAAGUCUUUUGUGAUGUUAAAACAGCAAAAGGGACGCAAAAAAAUUAUAGAUUUUUUGGAGAUAAUCUUCCUGAUGGAACAUCUUGUGGAUGGGAUAAAUAUUGUUUAGAUGGUGAAUGUUUAUCAUUAUCUUGCGAUAACACUGCCCUAAUUAAUAGAGAUGUAUCUUGUCCAAGUCAAAAAUGUAUCUCACCAAAAAUUUCUGGUUACCAAUAUGAAUCUAAAAAUAUUGGUGGAAUUUGGUCAGCUUGGGGUGCAUGGAAUAGUUGUAGUGCCACCUGUAAUGGUGGUGUUAAACAAAGAGCUAGAAGUUGUAGUGUACCUGGAAAAUGUGAAGGAAGUGCACAGGAAUUGACAUCUUGUAAUACACAUGAAUGUCCAGUAAUUAGAAGAACUGAACCAAAUUGGACUACAUGGGAAUCAUGGAAUAGUUGUUCUGCUUCAUGUAAUAAAGGUUCACAGGCAAGAUAUCGUCGUUGUAUGAGUCCUCAAAAUGUUGUUUCAUAUUCAUGCCAGGGUGAGUCUAUGGAAAUUAGAACAUGUGAAGAAAUUCAAUGUCCUAGAAAUAGACCUACAAAAAAUAAUGUUGGAGUAUGGGCAUCAUGGCAAAGUUGGGGAACCUGUGGAAGUAAUGGUAUGCAAUUUAGAUAUAGACUUUGUAUGGCUGAACCAUGUGAUGGUUCUGGUCAAGAAAGAAUGUCAUGUAUUCAAAAUAAUAGAAAUGAUUAUAAAUGGUCUCUUUGGAGUUCAUGGGGAUAUUGUAGUAAUAAUAAUUAUAAACAAGGAACAAAAAGUAGAACUAGACAUUGCCAGAAAGGAAAUUGUAUUGGUGAUAUUCGAGAAACGAAACCAUGUUAUGAAGAUAAAACAUCAAAACAAAACCAGGCAACCUGGGGAGGUGAGCUUAAUGAAAAAAAUAAUAAUGAUAGUUUUAAUAAUAAUAAUAAUAAUGAUAAUAAUAAUAAAAUAAGUAAUAGUAUAGUAGAGGGUAAUAAUGAGAUGGCUCCUAAUACAACAAAUAAUGGUGUUAAAGAUAGUUUUGAAUCUGAAAAGAUUGAUAAUAGUGUGAAACAAAAUGAUGAUACUAAUAAUAUUGAUAAAAAAGUAGUUGUUAAAUCAAGUGUUCCUAAUGAUACACAAAGUAUAAAUACAAUUUUAACAUCUACAACUAUAAAACCAUUUUUUUCUUUAGUAAAUCCAACUAUUUAUACAACAUUAUCUCCAACAACCACAACAACAAUUCAGACAACUACAUCUCCUACAACAACAAUAACAACAACUACUACUACUACUACUACAACAACCUCUCCGAUUAUAAAAACAACUACAAGAAUCUUUACUACAACAGAAGGAAGACAAUCUUCAGUUAGUAUAACAGAAUCUACAACUACUUUAACAACAACCAUUAUACCAUCUACAUUGUUACCAUCUUCUAUAACAACAACUAAAAAUAUAGUUUCCUCUUCCAAAUCAUCCAUUCUUAGAUAUCAUGUUAGCAUUCCACGUAAUUAUAUACCAUCAUCAUUUAAUAUACCUAUCAAUCCUAAUAACAUUAAUGUUAUUAUUCCUAGACGCCUUAGUACUGCUAUUAGAUGGGGCUAUUUUAGUCAAUGUACCAUAGAUGACUCAUCUGGAUGCGGUUAUGGAGUACAAAAAAGAGUACGAAAAUGUUACGGAAAAGGAAAUUGUAGAGGAAAAGAAUAUGAAAGUAAAACAUGUUAUGUAAAAUGUUAA